CAACCGAACCCGGAAUGGGAUUUAUUGCAGACGAGUUACCAAACAGGCCAGACAAGAACUCGCGAGAGUUGUGCGGCAGCGCCCCCGCCUUGCUCGCUCUAAUUAGAGUCCAAAACAGUGAAGGUGCGUGACAGUGUUACUGCAGACUCUCGUAGCUCAGUCAUGUCAACAGCAAAGAGCACGGAGAUUGGGGAACACUACUCUCUUAUUCAUCCCGUGAUUCGUCUCCAAGAAAUCGUGACGUUAUGUUCCAAAUCAGUUGAAGGAGGAGAUCUUCAAAAAUCAGAGAGCUUAUUGUCUGAACUUGUUAGCUUUCUUGAUUCAAUAUCAGAUGAUGCUACAUCUCACCCUGACAAUGAAGAGUUACAGAAUGUUGCACUUGAAGUUCUGUCGGAAUUUAAUAGAUUAUUGUCUUCUUCUUCACUGGACCAGACCGUUAUAGACACAUUUUCGUUUGAGUUGCCAAAAGCGGUUUCAAAAUUUGCGGGCCUCUCAAGUAGAUUUUGGAGAUUGUUGAUCAAAUUAUUGAUGUUUUGUGGCAACAUGUAGUCCACGCGACAUGCUUUCAAUUCUCUGCGAGGCAUUAGAUUGCCAAGGGAAGAUGGUCAAUGGUCCAAGCUAUUCUUCUCCUCUUCUACGUGGACUGUCAAGAGUUUUCCUUUCCACCCAGAGGCGUCACUUUGAGCAAAUAAAAGUCGCUAUUCCUGUUAUCAUCAAGGUUCUAAAGGACACGUUGUCAGAGUCAGAGGGGGAACUUGAGGACUUCUUUGAUAGACCUAUAACCAUUGCUGAGUCCAUCCAUGGAGUUUGUAUAAAACUGGAAGGCAGAGGAAAUGAAAGAUUGUGUUCGCUACUUGGUCUAUAUGUUCUGCAAAUACUGGUUUUUCUUUCACUCAGCAUCAAAUAUGAACUUGCUGGCUACAUUCCUUUAGUUGAACGAUUGGCACGUUUCCUUCCAUACUGUGGCUUAUCAUACCUUGGUUUAAUAACUGGGAGUGAUGUUGAGGCAAUUACUAACAUUGUUGCUGAAGGAUGCACAGACAAUGAAUAUUAUUAUAUGAAUUGUUUGUCUGAUGUCAAACUUGGUGCAUCUCUUGCAGUAAUUUGGGGAAAAGUCUCUGAUGAGAUUCCUCAGGCUGCUCAGGCUGAUUUGACUGUCGUUGAGGGUGAACUUCAAACUAAUCAGAUAAAAAGGUGGGAAGCAGUUGGCAUGUUGAAGCAAAUUCUAUCUUCUGCCAAUCUGCCAUGGGAACUGAGGACACAUGCCAUUGACUUUUUGCUGUGCAUAACAAGUGGAAAUAUCUUGCUAAAGUGCAGCAAUGAAAUAAUUGACUGUUCAAUUUAUACACCUAGUCUGUUCGCUGCCUUGCAGGCUAUUACGGUAGUCAUCAUUUAUGCACCAGAUACAGCUGUAAGGAAGAAAGCAUUUGAUGCAUUAAAAAGGAUUCUUGCUGAUAUUCCAACUCUUCAGAGGUUUGAUGUUUUAAAAGCUUUGGUUAGAAAUUGCGAGUCCUCCUCCAUGAUUGCAAUUCUUCUAGACCUGGUUCGAAAUGAAAUGCAUAAUGGAAGUUCACAAAGAGCUUUAGUGCAAAAAGAUGAGAACCCAGAAACCAGAAAUUGUGCGUGCACCAGUAUGCAUGUUCUUGAAUUGGUGGUGUCAGUUUUAAGACCUUCCAAGGGAGGACCUCCUUCCCUUCCAGAGGAGGGAGAUGCGGUAUUAGCUUCAAUCAAUUUGUCAUACUUAUUUUGGCUUCCUAUGACUGUUUUACUUCGCAGCACUGCGUUUAGUUAUUUUCAUAUGGAUUUGCCCAUCUGCUUUUUAGAUUUUAUUUUGGAUCCAAUGCAUUUUAGAUUUACAUUUUUGAAUGUUAUGACAGUACGGACUAUAAAUGCAUUCAGACCCAAAAGACAUGCGUGGUCCAAGAAAAAAAAAUGAAUUCCUCUAUUAUGUUUGAGAUAAGCAGAAUGCUGGAUAUUCGUGAUUUCUAGAAGAACAUGCAUAUUAUGUUCAAGUAUUGUA